UAGUUUUUUAAUCCAGUGGUGAAUAAUUCAAGACUAAAAUUCUUCUGAAUAUUAUGGCCGUUUUCGGAAUUGCAGCAGCAGCUCUUGGGGGAAGCGGACUUUUAGCAUAUGUUGGAGCUAGCAUCGCCCACAAUGUUGCUAAAUAUUUUCUCCACUACGAUGAAUUUGAAACGGAAAAAGUGAAUCCAUCGGAUUUGAGACCUGGCGAUCACAUUUUUGUUCCGGGGUCUAACAGCCAUGGCUUGAAAGCGAAAGGCUUGGUGGGCUAUUAUCACCACGGUAUCUACCUUGGCCUAAUAGACGGAAAGAUUAUGGUAACUGAUUUUGGAGCCGAAAAUAAGUCGCACCCUGUAAUCCGGGAAUUCAGCAAAUUCUUGAAUGGUUAUUCGGAUCAACUAUAUCGUCGGAACUAUAAAGUUGAAUCGAAACUUUUGAAACCUGAAAAAACUCUGGAGUAUGCUAGAUUAAUCUGCAAUAGCAAACAUCGCUGGGAGCCAUACAGCCUCAACACCAAUAACUGCGAACAUUACGCAUCAUUAUUAAAAAUGGCGCAAUUUCAUUCAGCACAGGCGACACAUUUGCCACAAGAAUUGUUCUACAGACAAACUGUUGCACUGAAUCAAGGAGAAACUAUUCUGAAACUGCACACUCAAGAUAAUUAAGUAACAAAAUUUCGAUUGAUUUAUACGAUACUUAAUGGUGAAGCAAAUAAAAUCUUACGUCUUGUUCUUGA